AUGUCGCAAAAACCCGUCGACGUGCCAGCUGGUCGCACUGGUGGCGCAGACGACGCAGCCAAUGCCGCCGACAACUGCGCCAUCGAGAGCGGUGACUCUUCGCCCGUCAUGCCCCACGCUUUCGUUCACCAUCGUCAUCUCAGUGGCGGGCCCGGCGUCGGACCCGGCACCGCAUCCCCCGGCAGGUACAGCGCGACGCAGGCACAGCAGCUCGCCCAAAAGAUGGCGCAGCAGGAAGUAGCUCAAGCUCAGCGCGAUGCAGCCUCGGGCAACCAGCAGAAUGCCGCGCGAGACAUUUCGCGCUCUUCAUCUGUCCACGGCUCGCGUAAAUUGUCUGGAGGCACUCCUAGCUUGACCUCGGCAUCGCCUAGACACUUUUCGCAGUCCAGGCCCGCUCCCUUCCCGCAAGCAUCGCAGAGGGAGGCGUUUGAUGUCGCCGUAGCAUCGUCUUGCCUAGCUAGUUCUUCAGACGGUCUGCAAGCAUUGUUGCGUGACCACCCCGAACUUGUCUCGAGCAGCUUGGCUGCGGCUGCCGGUCCCAAUCUGGCAAUGACGGGCGCGUUCAGCACUCGCUCCGCAAGCCAUGCUGGCAGCAACACCAACAGUGUUCCCGGUACACCUUUUGAACGUGCCGACCCGCUCGGCCAGCAUGGUCCCGUCCUUGCCAUGGGUGGAUCUCUGUCCAACUCCUUCCACCAAUCUCAGAGCCAAGCGCAACAGCAACAGCAGCAGCAACACCAUCAUCAGCAUCAUCAGCACAGUGUCACAUCACCUACUCACGACAGCGGGCGCGGGCGCAUCCUCAAAGAUGCACCCGAGGUGGGUGAAGGCGGCCCCUCCGGCGGGCACAGCGGGCUCGGUGCUGCGCUUGGUCUGGGUCCUGGCAUCCGCACUGGCCUCACUACGCCCAAUCUCGGCGCUGCGGGUGCGAGACCUGACUACUCGGGCGCCAAGAUUGUCGUGUGCAUGGUCGGUCUGCCUGCGCGUGGAAAGAGCUACGUCGCCAACCGCGUGCUCAAGUACCUGCGAUGGCUCGAGUACGACGUGAAAGUGUUCAACGUCGGUCAGCUGCGCCGUGCGCUGGCUCGGGCCAAAUACAACUCUUCCGGUGAGAAAGAGGAUCACACGGCGUCGUUCUUCGAUCCUUCCAACCCGUCUGCGUACAAGCUGCGUUCGCAGAUGGCGGAAGAGUGUCUCGAGCAGCUCAUCGGCUGGCUCAAGCGCGGUGGCAAUGUGGGGAUCCACGAUGCGACCAACUCCACCCAAGCCCGUCGAAAGGAGAUUGCGGAUCGCAUCGCCAAGGAGCCCGAUCUCAAGCUCGUAUUCCUAGAGUCCAUCUGCACCGACCCGAAAGUGAUUGACGCCAACAUUGCCGUCAAAGUCAGCAGCGGUGAUCCGGACUAUGCUGGCAUGACGCCCGAAGCGGCCAAAGCCGAUUUCCUGGCGCGCAUCAAGCACUACGAAGACACGUACGAGCCGAUCAACCACGACGGGUCCGAGGCGCACUACAGCUACGUCAAGGUGACUGACAUUGGCAAGAGCGUGACGAUCAACCGCAUCCAGGGCUAUCUCGAGUCGCGCAUUGCGUUCUACCUGAUGAAUCUGCACCUGACGCCGCGCAACAUCUUCUUCUCGCGUCACGGCGAGUCGCAGUACAAUGUCGAGGGCAAGAUUGGCGGAGACUCGGAUCUGAGCCCACGCGGAUGGAUGUAUGCCAAGGCACUGCCACAGCUGAUCAAGGACAAUAUCGGCGAUGCGCCGCUGACCGUGUGGCACAGCACGUUGAGGCGCACGGCGCAGACGGCGAGCGAGCUGCCGUACCCCAAGCUCGCGUGGAAGAGUCUGGACGAGUUGGAUGCCGGCGUGUGUGAUGCAAUGACGUACGAGGAGAUCGAAAAGUACUAUCCAGAGGACUACGCGAACCGCGACGACGACAAGUUCAACUACCGCUACCGAGGCGGCGAGUCCUACCGCGACGUCGUCGUCCGCCUGGAGCCCAUCAUCAUGGAGCUCGAGCGACAGGAAAACAUUCUCAUCAUCGGCCACCAGGCCAUCAUCCGCUGCCUCUACGCCUACUUCCACGCCCUCUCCCAGGAGGAUCUCCCUUACAUCAAGAUCCCCCUGCACACGGUCAUACAGCUCACACCCAAGGCCUACGGCUGUGACGAGAAGCGCUUCCAGCUGCCCAUCGAGGCCGUCGACACGCAUAGGCCAAAACCGCUCAGGUCCGAGGUGGACGACCACCCGCCUACGCCCCCGCUGGAUCCUCUCGAGGAGGCUGCGACCAGUGCACCUCCUAGCCAAACCAAGCCUGAUUUGCAAGUGGCGUAG